AUGGAGUGGGGUCCAUUAGUGAGAGGCUCAGGUGUGGAUGAUGACGUCACACCCACGAGAAGAAACGACGGGAAGUACCGCCAGCCCGCCCUCGUCAGUCCGUGGCCUAUCGCCAAGCCCAUAGCCAGCCGGCCAGUUCCUCUACAGCACCAGCACCUUCAACAUCUACUGGCUCACUGUCACCAUCCAUACUUGGUCCGGCCCGCACAGACCCACACGCAAGUGUUCCCGCUGCCGGGAGGGUUCCCAUGGGCUCACAGCUCCAGAGGUAAGCCUCGUCGCGGUAUGAUGCGUCGCGCGGUGUUCUCGGACCUGCAGCGGAAGGGUCUGGAGAAGAGGUUCCAGUUACAGAAGUACAUCAGCAAACCGGACAGGAAGAAACUGGCGGAGAAACUGGGACUCAAGGAUAGUCAGGUGAGGAGAGGGAGGGACACGGACACUUGGCUUUAUAUAGGAAUAACAUUCCUCGCGACUCAAGAUGGAGCGGAGCGGGCGUCCGGGGGCGCGCGGGUUCGACCGGGCCGGCCCUAUUCGUGCUCCGCGUGUGACGGCGCGCCGCUAUUGGUCGGUUCCACAGAGGAGAUACCGCUGACUGUUGACUGUCGUACACAUAAAAUUAACGGGGCUCGUGACUCGGGGCUCGGGGCUGGUGGGGCUCACUUUAUACGUGUUUGA